CGCCGAGUGGGGAAACGGUGCGUUUUCAUCAUUGCCUUUGUUCUGCUGUAAACACUAUCUACGAGCUCCAACAGCAACACAGCGCAUAAUUCUCUCUCCCUCCAUCCCGCUCUGAAAUUUCAAUCUCAUGCAAUCAAAGCGAGCUCCUUUUCUAACAUGCUAACAGCUUCUACAAUGUGAGUUCUACUUUAUCUUCACUUUGUUUCAUUGAAUUCAUCUAUAUACUUUCCAUUUUCAUGGCCAGCAAUUUCCUCUUUAGCUCUUCGCCCUUCCCCAAUGUUCAAAAGCCUCGCAAAUUUCUACUAAGACCACGCGAUUACCCUUCCAUUUCUUGCCAAAAACAAGACCCGAAUCCUGAAAAUCAUAAUGAAACGAGUAAAACGCAUAAAGCUAAUAAAACCCAUUUCAGUUUUCUUGCUGUACCUAUAACCCUCACCAUAAUCUCCUCCUCUCUCUCCCCGCAACCUGUCCUUGCCGCAGCAGCUAAGACAGGUCACAAAAAGAAAACCCAGAAAAAAACACAAGAAUCUUUAACCUUGGACGAGCUUAAACAAUGGUCUAAGGAUCUCCCAAUUGUAUCAAAUCGAAUUCCAUAUACUGAAAUAUUGAGUUUCAAAGAAAGCAAUAAGCUUAAGCAUGUAAUUAAAGCGCCCAAAGCAUGUUUUAGAGAACGGGCAGAGGCUGUUUUAGUGGUUUCGGAUGAUAAUAAAGUUUUUAGGACUGUUUUGCCUUCUCUAGAGAGUAAUAAGAGGUUUUGGGAUGCAUGGGAUGAGUUAAAGAUCGAUACAAUGUGUGUUAAUGCAUAUACUCCUCCGGUUAAGAAACCGGAGCUGCCUAAACCAUAUUUAGGGUUUUUGUGGAAAGUUCCAGAGUUCAUGUUAUCUAAGUUUAAGCCUAAGAAGGAGUCAAAGAGAGCUAUGGAGUUGAGGAAAAUGAGAGAGGAGAUUAAGAGGCAAAGGAAAGAGGAAUUGGCAAGAAUGAGGGAGGAGCGUGAAAUGAUUGAAAUGAUAAUAAAAAUUCAAAAGAAAGAGGAGCAGAGAAGGAUAAAGAGGAAGAUUAGGAAAAAGAAGAAUAAGGAGUCAUUGCUUUAUGCACAAAUGAAUUCUAUAAGGAUGGCCAAUAUGUGGGCUCAGUUGGCACGUGACAGAAAUGUGUCCACACUGUUAGGGGUGGUGUUUUUUGUGAUAUUUUACCGGACUGUGGUGCUUAGUUAUAAAAAGCAGAAGAAGGACUAUGAAGAUAGGCUGAAGAUUGAGAAGGCAGAGGCAGAGGAGAGGAAGAAAAUGAGGGAGUUGGAGAUGGAGAUGAUGGGGAUUGAGGAAGAGGAAGAGGGUGAGGGUGAAGGUGAGCAAGGGAAAGGGGAGCAGAAUGCGUACUUGAAGAUGGCUACGCAGUUCAUGAAGUCGGGUGCAAGAGUUAGACGUGCACAUAAUAGAAGAUUACCUCAGUAUUUGGAGAGGGGUGUGGAUGUAAAGUUUUCAGAUGUUGCGGGACUUGGGAAGAUACGGCUUGAACUUGAGGAGAUUGUGAAGUUUUUCACACAUGGGGAGAUGUAUCGAAGGAGAGGAGUGAGGAUACCAGGUGGCAUACUUCUAUGUGGACCUCCUGGAGUGGGCAAAACUUUACUGGCAAAAGCUGUGGCUGGGGAGGCAGGUGUGAACUUCUUCUCCAUUUCUGCAUCUCAGUUUGUGGAAAUAUAUGUUGGAGUUGGUGCUUCUCGUGUCCGAUCACUUUACCAGGAAGCAAGGGAAAAUGCUCCAUCUGUUGUUUUUAUUGAUGAAUUGGAUGCUGUUGGAAGGGAGCGUGGGUUGAUAAAAGGUUCUGGUGGGCAAGAACGUGAUGCUACUCUUAAUCAGCUUCUUGUAUGCUUGGAUGGGUUUGAAGGAAGAGGGGAAGUGAUAACUAUUGCUUCCACCAAUAGGCCAGACAUUCUUGAUCCAGCACUAGUGAGACCUGGACGGUUUGAUAGAAAAAUUUUUAUACCGAAACCUGGCCUUAUAGGCCGCAUUGAAAUUUUGAAGGUUCAUGCCCGUAAAAAACCUAUGGCUGAUGAUGUGGACUACAUGGCUGUUGCUAGUAUAACUGAUGGAAUGGUUGGUGCUGAGCUGGCCAACAUAAUUGAGGUUGCUGCAAUUAAUAUGAUGCGUGAUGGAAGGACUGAGAUUACAACUGAUGACUUGCUACAAGCUGCACAAAUAGAAGAGAGAGGAAUGCUAGAUAGGAAGGAAAGAAGCCCUGAAACAUGGAAGCAAGUAGCUAUUAAUGAAGCAGCCACGGCAGUUGUGGCUGUGAACUUUCCUGAUCUUAGAAAUAUUGAGUUUGUCACUAUUGCUCCUAGAGCUGGCAGGGAACUUGGUUAUGUUAGAAUGAAAAUGGAUCAUGUCAAAUUCAAGGGGGGAAUGCUUAGUCGUCAAUCCCUUUUGGAUCAUAUCACUGUUCUACUGGCACCUCGUGCAGCUGAUGAGCUUUGGCAUGGUGAGGGUCAGUUGAGUACGAUAUGGGCAGAAACAGCAGACCAUGCUAGGUCGGCAGCUCGGACUUAUGUUCUUGGUGGGCUUUCUGAAAAACAUUAUGGCCUGUUUGACUUCUGGGUUGCAGAUCGUAUCAAUGAAAUUGAUCUAGAGGCACUUCGGAUUCUAAACUCGUGUUACGAGCGUGCUAAAGAGAUUCUGCAGCAGAAUCGAGAGCUGAUGGAUGCUGUUGUUGAUCUACUAGUUCAGAACAAAAGUUUGUCCAAACAAGAAUUCUUUCAUCUGGUUGAGUUGCAUGGUUCUAUUAAACCUAUGCCACCAAGUAUAAUUGAUCUCAGGGAUGCCAAGCGUGUAGAGUUCCAAGAAACAAUGAUGAACCAAAAGGAAACCACUGUAAGCAACUUAUAAGCGAGAUGCCAAGAGAACCCAUCUGAAAAUGCCCCUGAUUCCUUGGAUCUGCAAUGAUGGGAAUUUGAGGAAGCAGUUGUUGCCUUGUGUGACAGUUCAAAUUGCAGAGUAGAAACUACAUUUCUGCAAAAAAGCUGAAAGUGAUGAAACUAGUAAACUGGUAUGUAGGGGCAUGCCUAGAGGUCGGCAUUGCACAAGGGAUUUUUGACAUUUCUAUAACCUCAGUGGAUUUUUUUUACGACAUCACACCAUUGUUUCGGGUUGAAUUAUACUCGUUCAUAAAGUGCAAAUUUGAUGUUCUUGAUCAUUCAUUUAAAUAUUUUAUCACUUGAUAUAGUGAUAGUUUAUCAGUGUUUAUGGAGUACAUGUUCUUUUCAAAAUACAUUGGAUUUAUUCUCCUGAU